AAAAGCUCAAAGCUCGCACUUGCAGCCUUGUCGUUGCCUAAACAUCACCGCAGAUCGCACAGAUCUGAUCAGCAUGUUAACUUGUUGGUUAUUGAUAGUUUUGCUAUCAAUUUCUAACGCUGUAUUACCAUCGAGUGUUUCUUCUAAAGAUGCUUGGCAAAGACCUGGUUGUCAUAAAGUAGGUCAUACGAGAAAAAUUCGAAUCCCUGGUUGUGUUGAAUUCGAAAUGAUUACCAAUGCUUGUCGUGGUUAUUGUGAAAGUUGGGCGAUUCCUUCAGGACCUAAAGCAAGUCCAACCCAACCCAUUACUUCCGUCGGGCAGUGUUGUAACAUUAUGGAAUCGGAACCUUUGGAAGCAGUUGUUAGAUGUCUCGAUGGAUACAAGAAGUUAACUUUUAAAUCGGCUGCUAGUUGCUCUUGUUACCAUUGCAAAAAAGAUUAACAUGAAUCCUAAUUAUGUCUCGAGCAAGGUAAUAAAAGAACAAAAAAAAAUGUGAUUUUAUUAUCUUAAAAUAAACUAAAAAUCGACUUGCAUUCAUUAAUUUAAUUAUAUAACUUGUAAAUAUUAUACUGACUGACUGAAAAAAAUUAUAUAUAUUGUGUAUAUUUAUUGUGUAAUAA